GCACUCUAUAAAACGUAAUCGCGGUUACGUCACCCUAUUUUUCUUCGGUUAGCAAGAAGUCACCUUCCUACUCCAUCCACUCCUGGAUCCCGGCUCUACUGCCGCGACACCAGCGAGCAAAAAGUCACUAUGACUGACAAGGAGCUACUGAUUACUGAUAGCCCUCCCAGCUACCCCGGAGUUACCGUGCAAGAGCCUGGAAUACUCCCUCACUCUGUAACAGCUGGCAACAUUCGACCCCAGAACUACCUUAGCCUUGCCUUCUUUGCUCUGCUCUGCUGCUGCUGCUGGCCUGCCUUCAUCUUCGCCAUCAUUGGCAUCGUGUUCUCCCUUCAGGUGGACAGCCAGUAUACAAACAGUGACUUCCUGGGAGCUACGAGGUCCUCUACCCUCGCUCGUAACUGGAGCAUCGCAGCCAUUGCCACGGGCCUUGUUACCCUCCUCACAUACUUCACCUUCAGGGUUGUGUGCCACAUCCUGGAGGUGACAUCUGAGGACGGAAGUGGCGAAUAGUGAGAUGAGAUCUUCCCUGAUCGUCCAGAGACUCUGAACUUUCACUGCUGAGACAGCUCUAUAUAUGUCCAUUUAUCAUUUUCCAUUUGUUUGUGUUUAGUAGUAGAUUAGACUGCUGCUCUGUGUUGCCCUCCCCUUUAUUUUUCGUUCGCGCUAUAUAGUACGCAUGCGCUAACGUUAUCAAUAUUGCGCAUGCGUAUUAGGGACGCCGACAUGGAGCUGGAGAGUGUACGAGGAGAAUGCGGCUACUGUGGAGAAAGAGUGAGAGAGAAAGACGAGCUGUGGCUGCCGCUCGAGUGCACUACGUGUCACCAGUUCUUUCACCUUCGCUGUCUCAAGGUAGGCGGGCCGCUAUUCUCUCUGACUCUCAAUAAGUUGCCAUGUGGCAGGGUCCGCGGCCCACGGAACUGCGCGGAGACUGUCUCUGGCUUUUCACCUGCGCUCUCUGCCACCCACACCGCAGGGAGUCCUGUACACGACCAUACCUACAGUGGGUGCACGUGAUCCACCUUGUGCUGUACCAUCUAAUGGUAACACAAGAAGGGAGGGACGGUUUCUUUAGGUGGAAUGAAGACAUCUGUGGAUGUAUCCAGAAAAACUGGCAGACUCUGAUGCCACAGAGAAAGAGAACUCAGUCGUGGCACAGCACUGUUGCCGGGACACUCUCCGUUCACUGUCCGUCCUUGUUCCAGUCUGGAGCGAAGCAGUUGGGUGAGAGUGGGUACUGGACGUUGUCGUCGGUGACUCCUCCAGACUUCAGUCCAGCCAUGAGGACCAGCACUCGCACCAUCAGACACCCUCUCCUUGAGACUGAAGGCAAAGCAGCUGGAGCUCACGAGACCUCCGUUGCCAUGGAGGUGGGCUCCUCGCCUUCUCCCUCCUCUCCCCCUCACCCACUCCACUCCUUGCCCUCACACAUCUCGUUCUCCUCCCUCCCACCCCUCUCUCCUCCUCUCCGCUAUCUCCUCUCGACAGAACCACUGCCCACUCUACUUUCCCACCUUACUCGAGCCUCUGUUGCCAUUGGUUACUGCCCCAGAGCUAGCAGACUUCGCAGGAAACUAAUGAUCCGCCAAAGACAACGUAACCAUGGCUACCCAAACUUUGACCUCGAUCGGCACAUUAUUCACUCUCUCUCGACGACCGUGAAGUAUGUCGUUGAUAAGGGGAAGCCGUACAGUGAGCAGGUUGUCGCAGUAACCCAGCGAGGUGUUACCCCUCACCCCACACUUCCCAAAUCUCACUCCCACACAUAUCACACUGUUCUCCAUCACAUCUCCACCUUCCCUCUCCUCUUCCCCUCUAGUCCCACCCACUCUCCGAGUCUAACAACCUUUUUUAGUGGGCGUGUCUUGAACCUUGACCCCAUUCCUAGUCCCUACACAUCGCGGCUUCUGAAGCCAUACAUUUUUAGGAGCAGAGAGAUCCGUCCACCUCAGGUAAGACUACUAGAAGAAGUUGUUGCAAUUUACAUCAGGAAACACCCUGACCACGCCCACUGCCACGCCCCCUACUCUGCCCAUUCAGUGGAUCUGCGUUACCUCCAGCGAAGCCACGUGUCUGCGUGCAACGGUCUUCUCUCUCAGUUCUUCUGGUGUGUCGACAUCUCUGACUCACUGGGUCAUCCAGACUUCACUUGUGUUGCUCUGUACGGGAAGAUGGUGGUCGGGUGUGCCUUCAUGACUCCUGAUGUGAAGGUCGGAGAAGCCUAUAUCUCGUUUCUCCUCGUUCAUCCUCACUUCUCGCGAGCUGGAAUAGGAAAAAUGAUGUUGUACCAUCUCAUUCAAUCCUGCAGAGGGAAAGAUGUUACUCUUCACGUUUCCAUUGACAACCCAGCCAUGCUGUUGUACCAGAGCUUUGGGUUUAAGGCGGAGAGAUACUGUCUGGAUUUUUACGAUCGUUACUAUCCUCCCUCUCACCCUCACUCUAGACAUGCCUACUUUAUGAGACUCCACCGCUAAUUAGUUCAUUGUGUCUGCUUAUGUAAUCUAUAUACAUCCUUAUUGUUUACUUAUGCGGUCCUCCAAACAUACACAAGGGCAAUAAUUAAAAGCUGCCAUAGGCCUACUAAUUCCAAAAAAUGAAAAUGAACCUGACAUAAGAUGACAUAAGACAAAG